AUGAUUAACUUUCAGGAAUGUUAUCAAUUAAAAAAUAACCGAUUACAUAGAUCUUACAGAAAUGGAAGUGGAAUACCAUCUGACGGUUAUGUUCUAUUUGUUGAUGCUAUAAAUACAAUUACCUGUUAUGGUGGUGCAGCAGCAUAUGCAUCAUCAUGUUUAAUGGAUGAGGAAACAGAUAGGCCAAUUCUUGGAUUUAUAAAUGUUUGCCCAGGAAAUAUGGGAGUCCAUUAUCCUGAAGAUAGAAUAUCAAUUGGAGUUUUCCUACAUGAAAUUGGUCAUGCACUUGGAUUUUCAUCAUCCAGCUUCCCUUUUAUGCGCUUUCCAAAUGGGACAGCUCGAACUCCCAGGGACGAAACACGUAAGCCAAAGUACAAAGAUAAAUAUGGACAUUAUAUUCCGAGCCACAGGAAAAUUAUCCCAUUCUGUGACAAUGUCAAUGAAGCAAGAUGUCGGGAUGCAUUCUCAUAUGGAAGAUGUAUUAUUGUGAGGUAUGGAACCCCAGUUCCUAAAGAAGAUCGGUUCUUCUCCAAAGCCCCAUUUGACACUGAAUAUCCUCCUGAAUAUUUCGGUGGGAAUGAUCCAUUUACAGACUAUUGUCCAACAAUGGCUGUAAGUUGA